CAUACAAGAAGCCGCCCCUGUGUUUCUCUUUGUCUCUCAAAAAAAUCAAAAACAAAAUAAAAAUAAAAUGCAGAGCAACGCAUUUCUUCUCUCUCCUCCCCAUUGCUCCUCCUCCUCCUCCUCCUCAUCAACAUGGUAUCUUAGACACACAGAUUCCAUACAUCGAUACCCUAAUUUUAGAUUGAAUUCAUUUCCGCCCAAAAGAAAAUCCGUUCAUGGAGUUUCUAUUCCUUCAUCAUCUACUACUUCCCUUACAUAUUCAUCAUUAUCUGCGUAUUCUAAUUCUUGUAAAUGGAAUACUAAUACAUCUAAAUCUGGUAGACAUUUUAGAUGUAAUGACGCAAUUAAAAGUAUACAUGAAACGCCACCACCACUAUCACCAUCAUCAUCAUCGUCUAGUAAUAGUUUGAGUCAGAGAUUGGAGCUUGGAGUAUUAUUUUGUUUAUGGUAUGUUUCAAAUAUCUACUUCAACAUUUUUAAUAAACAGGUGUUGAAGGUUUAUCCCUACCCAGUAACCAUUUCAUUAAUUCAGUUCGCCAUAGGCACGCUUCUUAUUCUAAUCAUGUGGUCGUUUAAUCUGUACAAAAGACCUAACAUCACUAAAUCACAGCUUGUGGCAAUUGUGCCAUUGGCGAUAGUGCACACAAUGGGAAACCUUUGUACAAAUAUGAGUCUUGGGAAGGUGUCCGUUUCUUUCACGCAUACAGUUAAAGCUUUGGAGCCUUUCUUCUCAGUUAUCAUCUCAGCGUUAUUCCUGGGAGAGGUUCCAACAGUUUGGGUACUUUCCUCCCUUGUUCCAGUUGUUGGUGGAGUAGCAAUGGCUUCACUUACUGAAGACUCAUUCGAUUGGGUUGGGUUUUGGAGUGCAAUGGGAUCCAACUUGGCUAAUCAAUCACGUAAUGUAUUCAGCAAGCAAUUCAUGGUUAAGAAAGAGGAAUCUCUGGACAACAUAACUCUUUUCUCUAUGAUAACAAUCUUAUCCUUUGCACUGAAUGUCCCCCUGACGCUUUGCAUGGAAGGUGUUAAGUUUUCUCCUUCAUUCCUGCAGUCUGCUGGCUUAGAUGUUCGAGAACUAUGCGUGAGGACUCUUCUAUCUGGACUUUGUUUCCACGCUCAUCAACAGAUUGCUUAUAUGAUAUUGCAGAGGGUAUCCCCUGUCACCCAUUCAGUUGGAAACUGUGUGAAACGAGUAGUAGUCAUUGUGUCAUCAGUUCUCUUUUUUAAAACACCCGUCUCACCCAUCAAUUCUAUAGGAACUGGGAUUGCUCUUGCGGGAGUCUUCCUUUAUUCAAGAGUGAAGCAGAUUAAUAAGCCAAAGAGAAGUGAAUAACAAUUUUGACUCUUGUUGAGUUUAUUGGAAAAACUCAAUGUAAUUCACAUGAUGAGUGAACCAAAUUGUAUGUUAAACAUAGAUUUAGGGCAAUUUUGAGGAUAAGAUCACACUCAGUCAUCUCUUCAUCAAUUCUUUAUUGAGACUGGCAAGAGUUCUUAUAUUUUCUCAGCCCAUGAGAUGUUUUGACAGUUUUCCCUUUGCCAAACUUUUGUCAUUGGCUUCAGACUACUUUUGUUUGAUCAUGUCGGUUUGGUAUUUUUGAAUAAAUGCAAAUGUAUGUGUACCAUCAAACAGAAA